UAGCCUACAAAACAAGCAGAUGUAUGCUAAUGUCAGGACAUCAGCUGGCGAAGAUAAGAUCCAUUAUAGCGGAACACAAUGCGAAGAAUAUUCCUCUAUCAAUCACCGCUUGAGAAAAAGGACCAUCUCGCAGACAAAGAAAUCCAAAAUCCACACGACAGUCCGUCGCUCCUCCCACCGCUGCUAGGGAUGCGCGCUGGUUGGCCGAUCCAGCGGCAAACUCCACGACAAUUGGCUAGGAGGUUCACCAUCGUCCGAGCUCCGUAGUCUCUGUUGGGAUCCGAGCACAGGCGGACGCUUCCCUGUUCUGGAGCAUUUGGAAAGUGGACACCUAUUCUUGUGGACAAUUUUGAUGAAGUAACAACGGGACGCAUGAAGGAGAGCAGCAUGAAUGUGGACAGCCUUAGCAAGCCAGAGUUGCUGAUGCUCUUGAGCGUCUUGGAGGGAGAGCUGGAGGCCCAGGACCUGGUCAUACACACACUCCGGUCCCAGCACAGAGACGCGUUCGUCCAGGAGCGUUAUGGGCUGUAUGACCUCAGUGACCCCUUCAUGGCGCUGCAGAGGGACAGUGAGGUGGUGGCUGGGGCGGUUACCGACGGCGACGACGGAGGCGGCAUCCCCAACCCACUAGCCGUCCUCAAGCUGCUGAUGGCCCACUGCAAACGCACGCAGGACAAGAUGAGGGCCCAGCUAGCCGCCGCCGAGAUCAGACAUCGCAGGGUAAUUUCUGACCUUGAAGAAGAGAAGCGCCGGCAUGCACAGGAUAUGGCGCAGGGUGAUGAUGUCACGUACAUGCUGGAAAAGGAGAGGGAAAAACUUCUGCAGCAGCUGGAGUGUGAGCAGGCGCGUCAGCAGCAGCUGCAGCAGGAGUGUGAGCGAGCGGUCACUCAGGCCCAGGAGGAGGCGGAGCGGGCGUCCGAGCUGCAGCGGCGGCUGCAGGAGGAGAGCAGUAGCGCCCAGAGCCUGCAGGGGGCGCUGCAAGAGCAGCAGAGCCGCGUCCACAUCAUGGAGGCGGCCGCAGAGAAGCAGCUGGACGAGUUCCACGUCGAGAAGGAGCAGCUCCAGGCCAAGCUCAGGAGGGAAGAGCAGCGCAGCAAGGAACUGCAGGAGCAGCUGGAGGCCCUGAGGAAGGAGCUUCGCGAGCGCGAGGCCGGCGUGAAGGAGAAAGGAGAGAAGGAGAGAGAGAACAAGAAGGAGAGAGAGAACGGAGGGAAAGAGAAAGAGAUCGGCAAACAGAAGGAGAGGGGCGGGGUCAAACUCACUCCGGUCAAAACCACGCCCUCCAGCCCAAGCUCCUCCUCCGGCCAGACCGAGACCGAUGGGAAGUCGCCACUGGCAACCAAAGCCCCUCCCCCAACCCGUCUGAAUGGCCAUGCCCCUCAGAGCCCCGCCCCCCAGGACAGCGGAGCGGAGGCGGAGUCUGUGUCCGGCGACAGCAGCAGCGCGUGCGUUGUGGGCGUGGUUUCAGCGGUGGCCACUCCCCUUCAGAGCCCUACCCCCACUAGCCCCGCCUCUUCCUCUCUAAGCUCCUCCCCGUGCUCCUCUCCCAUCCUAUCCAAGCGCGGGCUGCACACACACACACACACGCCCCCCUACCCGCCCGUCUUCCAGGCCAGCGUCAACCAGCGCUUUCAGGCAGCGCGCCACAAGUUCCAGAGUCAGGCGGAGCAGGACCAUCACACACACACACACACGCAUGGGCACACACUCUCGCCCCGCGACCUCUCGCCCACCACCACCCCCACCCCCCCGUCGGCCGCGCCGGCCGACAACAGCGCAGCCAAGCAGCUGGCCCGGAACACGGUGACGCAGGUGCUGUCGCGCUUCACCAGCCAGCAGGGCGGCGCUAAGAUGGCGCCCCUCAGCAGCUCCCCCUUCGGCACCGACUACCGCACGCUGGCCUCCUCCCCUUCCUCCUCCUCCUCCUCCUCACCCACCUGCCGAUCUCCGGGGCCGCUGUCCCCGGGCGUCCGAUCUCCCAGCAUGCCACGCUGCGAGAAGGGCCACCCCCCGCCGGUGCCGCCCAAGAGGCCCGGCGCCAGCCAAUCACCAAGCUCGCCCGGCCCCUCUCGCUCCUCCCACUUCCCUGAGCUGUCUGGCAGCUGUGGCUUGACCAGCACACAAGAGGGCGCCAAAGAGCUGGACCUGGUGGUGUCGUCCUCCAGCUAACGCCCACGCACACACACUCACACUCACACACAGACACACACACACACUCACACAGACACACACUCUCUCUCUCUCACACACACACACUCACAUGGGCACACAGUCUCUGUCACACAUACACACA